UCCUUCGAUUUGGGAUCUAUUCUAUUUUCUUCUUCUUCAAACCUCUUUUAAAUAUUCAAAAAAAGAAAUCAAAACCCAUUAAUAAAACCACAUCAAAGCUUGGUUCUUUACAACAAAACCAUUUCUGGGUCAUUGUUUAUUUGUGUUGGAAACCUUAAAGUUUGGUCCUUUAUAACAAAAACUCAUCUGGGUCAUUGUGAAUUUGUGUUGAUUGUUUCAAAGUUUGAUCCUUUUUAAGGAAAGAUUUUCUGGGUCAUUGAGAAUUUGUGUUAGGUUUGUUGGGUUUUUGUUUUGUUGAGGUUUUUGUGAUUUUUAAGAAUGGCUGCUGCUACUACUGCUGGUGUUAUUAGUGGUAAUGGAUCUUCUGUUUCAUGGAGAAGAAAAGAAAAGAAGAUGAACAGAGUUAGGGUUUUUUGUUCUUCUUCAUCUUCUGUGAUGGAUUCUUAUAAGACAUUGAGGAUUCAACCAGAUGCUUCUGAAUCUGAUGUUAAAAAGGCUUUUAGACAACUUGCUUUGCAGUAUCAUCCGGAUGUUUGUAAAGGAAAAGAUUCUGGUGUGCAGUUUCAUCAAAUUAAUGAGGCUUAUGAUGUUGUGAUGGCAAAAUUGAGAGAAGAACCAAAAAAGGCAAAAAAAGCAACCUUAGAUGAAGAGUCAUUUAGAGGAAUGAAUGAUCCAGAUUGGGAAUAUUGGGAGGGGGGUUGGGAAGGAGCAUGGACUUCUCAUAUUAAUCCUUACAUAGUUUAUGAUAUUGGAAAUUAAUAAUUAGUCAUUUUAAUUAUAUGUUUAUGUGCAUUAUUAUUAUUAGGUAAAAUGGGUCUAAUCUAGACCUACUACUUGUUUUGUUCCCAUCCGAAAGUGAUUGGUGGUUUGUAUAUAGUCCAAGUUGAUGUCAAAUUUUUCUCUAUAUAAUUGAAGUUGAAAGAAUAUUUGGCUUGUUA